UCAGUAGAGAGUCGACUUUUGAAGAGAAAAGGCGAUAUUCAACAGACUACAACAAUAGUAAUACAUAUUAUAUAAACAAAUAAAUAAUGCCAACAAUUGGAUAAAAAGCGUAUCAACUAAGAUUUUGGACUAAGAAAGAAAGUAAAGUCGGUGUAAAAACCAAAAAUGAAAUCGUUUAAAUUUAUAUUUGCGCUUGGCAUCUUUAUUGUUUACUGCUCACAUUUUAAUGCCGCCUUUCCACAGCCCGCAAAUAAUCCUAAUGCCGAAUAUGAACUUAUAAAUGGUGGGCCGCAGGUUGGACCCAAGCCGAGCUUUGUACCGGCUACACGGAAACCGUUGAUAAUAAAUACACCACCACCGACUCCCGCAAAUUCCAAGAAUUUCGCUUUUGAUCCCCUAACCAAAACAUGGACACAAGUCAAAAAAGAUGAUCCCAUACCAUCAGAGGGUACCCUCUUAUGGAACCAAAGCAAUGACAAAUGGCUGACCGAAACAGCUAGGCGCAUAUAAUGCUCUGAUCAGCAUCAAUGAACUUCUGAACUGGUCUGUUUACUGUGUUAGAAAAAAGGCAACAAAUAUUUAGAAGGCCAUAUGAAUUUUUUUAUUAGUGUCAAUAUGAGUUAAUAUUUUAAUUGAUCACUACACAUGCAGGAAUAAAAACGCUGGUUAAAAUACAUAUGUAUGUGCAUAUACAUAUAUUUCCAUGCACGUGUGUGAGUAGUCUUAUUAAUGAUGUACACAAUUCAAUGCGAAAAUAAUAAACAAACACUGCACUUUACAUCUGUGUAUGUAGGUGUGUGUAUAUAUACCUACCAUAUGCAUUUAA